CGCGCAUGCGCAGAGGAGGCGGAACCCUCCUGCCGGAAGGGGCUUUCUUGUCUGGUUUCUAGGGAGCAGGAAGCGGACCGCUUUGAGAGCAGGUGCGGCGGUGGUGGCAGGAGGCGGCCUGACCGAGCCCGGAACCGGCCAUGUCGGCCUUCGACACGAACCCUUUCGCGGACCCGGUGGACGUGAAUCCCUUCCAGGAUCCUUCAGUCACCCAGUUGACGAACGCGAACCAGGGAGGCCUGGAUGAAUUCAACCCCUUCACCGAGAGCUCUCGGCUGACGAAUGUGGCUCAGACUACCCCGGCGAUGCAGCCCACGGGGCCUUCGCAACCGGCCGUGCUGCAACCGUCCGUGGAACCCACUCCCCAGGCUGUGGCCUCAGCGGCACAGGCCGGCCUUCUUCAACAGCAGGAGGAGCUAGAAAGGAAGGCCGCAGAGUUGGAAAGAAAGGAACGUGAACUGCAGAACAGCGCGGCGGGCUUCGACCCCAAACAGAACAACUGGCCUCCCCUCCCGAAGCUCUGUCCCGUGAAGCCCUGCUUCUACCAGGACUUCUCUGCAGACAUCCCCGCAGACUACCAGCGAAUCUGCAAGAUGCUGUAUUACCUGUGGAUGUUUCACUCGAUCACUCUGUUGCUCAACCUGCUCGCCUGCCUCGCUUGGUUCACGGUGGAACCCGGAAGAGGCGUGGACUUUGGCCUCUCCAUCCUGUGGUUUGUCCUGUUCACCCCCUGCGCUUUCCUCUGUUGGUAUCGGCCAAUUUAUAAGGCUUUCAGUCCCGGCUGGGGGGACAGUGGUUGGAUCGCGGCUUUCUCCGAGAUCAGGAUCAAUCUGGCCGUGGCAGUCAUCAUGAUGGUGGUGGCCACCUUCUUCACCGUCUGCUCCGUCCUCUCUCUCUUCUUGCUGAAGCGGGUCCAUUCUCUGUAUCGCCGGACCGGAGCCAGUUUCCAGAGAGCCCAGGAGGAGUUCUCCCAAGGCAUCCUCACCAACCGGAACUUCCAGAACGCCGCAUCCGGGGCCGCUUCUACAGCCGCUCAGAGCGCUUUCCGGGGGAACUAGCCCCCCUUCCCUCCAAAAAGGGGGGGCCUGCGUUGUGUUCCCACUUUUCUCGUCACUCCUGUUCCGGGGUGUACGUCCCCCACGGGUACCAGCCUCGGCUCCAAGAUACCGGCAAGAAGAGGUUCCUCGGACCUUCCUCCUGCCCACAUCAGUGUCUUUCUCUUGGGAGGGGGCCGCAGCCAGGCAAGGGUCUUCUCUCCCCUCCCCCUUUCGUUUCCCAAAUCAAAUACAUCUCGCUUUUUAAAAAAAACAAAAACAACAAACCCGAAAAUCCUGGAUACGUUUACCGUUACUUCUCCUUUCCGUCUUCCAUCGUGUGGGAGGGAACCGGAGUCGAGAGCUUGCGGCACCCCCCACCCCACCCCGGGCCGUUUUUUAAUUUUGUUUUUUUCAGCUUUGGUUGGUAAGUUUUAAAUUAAUCAGUGACCCUCCACUGCCAGCCGACGAGGGAUGUUGGUAUGUCUUUUGGAGCGGGCUUGCUUUGCGGCGUAAGAGGGACACGUGAGGUGAGCCGUGCCCUUUCUUUCCAGCUGCCGUUUCCCGACGCGUGUGCUCUCUCCCCAAAGGUUUGCCCUGUAGAACGUGAAUCCGCACACUCCGAACCUCCAGGAACGGGGGGAUUUUUAACCGUGGAGUUAUCCAGUGGCGGUACAUCCGUCACCGUAGCCGCCUGUUUGGGAUUAUGACAUUUGGGGGGGGGUUAUUUCUGGACUCCGUGGUUUUUUAGGGGAAGCAGUGUUGGACAACCCAGUGGUUUCUAGCCGAUGCAUUCCCUUGGGAUCCAGAGAGCGGGGGAAGCGGCAGAGAUCGAGACCGUGGAACCACUCUGGAGGGAAAACGGAUGGUUUCCUUUGAGCAAUCCAGUUUAGAUUGUUUUUUUUUCAUGUUUAUUUUUUUGCAAUAAUCCAGCGCUGGUUUUGGUUUGCUAGCCUGAUUUCCGCUUUCCAGAUGCUCUCUUUUUACGCCCUCCUCAACCCUCUUGGAGCAAGGAAUUCUUAGAUACAAGGAAGGCACAUCAGAAACAGAAAGGAUGUUGUUAGGUGUAUUGCACGUCCUCAAGGUGGGCUCGCUGAAACCUCCUUUUCUUUCGCUCCUAAUGGCUGUGUUCGGGCCCACCUUGAACCUGUUUUGAAACCACCAUGUGUUGAGCGCGAUUCCAUUGAAGCGCAUCGACGGUUUUCUCGGUAACAAAUGAACGCCUCUGUGGAUUCCACACACCCCGGGGGAGUUUGAGAGGCGGGGAGAUCUCCCCCACGCCAGUCUCCACAAAUCCCUGGAAUUAAAGACUUUUUGCUCCCUCUUUCUCAGUGGAUGCAGGAUGUAAAAAAUAUUCUCUCCCUCCCCCCACAUGUGCACUUUGCAGAAGUGGAGUAUGUGGAAAGAAAGGCAAGUCUUAUUUCUUGAUAACCAGGGUGGAGGAGAAGCAGUAACACCCCUGGAUUGAAAGUGGCAGGAAGGCAGGAGAGGGAAGCCGUGGCAGUAAGUUGAUGUGGGAGGCAGGGGUGGGGGAGUUCAAGAAGUGCCACGCCACAUACGUGGGAGAUCUAGGAUUCACGCUGCAAACUCGGGCGGCUUCAGGAACGCUAGAAACACUUAGAGAAUAUGGUAGGGCGUAGCCCGGGAGCACUCCCUUCUGUAGGCUGCGUGAACGAAUCAGUUUUAGAGGCAAGAACAAAACUUCGCUAUAAAUGGUUUGCUUUGUGUGCCUCUUCGGGGGAAUCUGGAUGGGCAGCAGUGGCUGACACCCUACAAUCUGUCAUCCCGUUUCUUCGUUAGCACGUCCCUUAAACUGGUCCGAAAGGCGCACGAAAGAUCCGCCCGGCCGAUAGGCUUGCCGAUGGCCCUGAGUCGAUUGUUAAGUAAGACGCAACGUUCAGGAGAACAUACAGGCUUUGACUUCUGCUCCCCGUUAGAAUCUCACGUCCCUCGUCAAACGUCAGCGUCCUCGAACGGUUUCCAAGCCUUGCCCUCUUGAGGUUUGCCCUAGCGCCCUCCCCCCGGUACAUCACAGGGCAACAUCUUUUUUUUUUGUCCUUUUCGUCUCUUUCGAAUGUAUGUAAUGAUGGCAGAACUUGAGAUUUUUACAAAGAAAUUUCUUCCCUUUCUCGGGUGUGCUCUUCCACCUCUGAUUUUUCUCUCUCCCCCUCACCAUGUAAAAAUGUAUAUGUCAAACUUUUUUGUGCUUAAAUACGAAAUAAAGAUGACAGACUGUUAGUAAA